AUGCUCAAAGUCGUCGAACCUUCCUCUCGAGAGGUCAAAACUCUCAAAGCAUUCUGGUCGUUUGCCCUUGACACUGACCCGAAAUUCACCUCCUCAGCGCCAUGGGAAUCCACCCUGCCUGGUAAUCUGGAGUGUCCCGUUCCUGCUUCGUACAACGAUAUCUCUCCCAACCAUGCUCUACCAACUCAUGAAGGAGAGGUCUAUGUCAACGAUAGACUUCUGGUCAAACAUGUUGCGGGAUACACUCCGCUUGAAGCUGAUCUCACUUCGGCGGGAGUCAAAGCUGGAGAGGAAGUCAGAAUCACAAUUGGAGUGGAUAAUGUCUUGACCAGACAUCCGAUACCACCUGGAGAGCUCCAAAAGAACGAGCUGGGUAAAACUGUUCAGAUUAUCCGACACGAUUUCUUCAAUUAUGCCGGGCUGGCUAGAAGCGUCCGGCUAUACACUGUUCCGCUAGAUGUCAGGGUCGGAGAUAUCAAGGUAGUCACAGAUGUUGUAGAGAAGGGCGGGUCUGGGACAGUUAAAUUUGAUCUAAAGCUCGAAGGAGGUGAUGGAACGGUCGCGGUGGACUUGGUUGACAAACAUGGCAAGAUCGUCACAACCUCAGAUUCUUCUUCCGGUACACUGACGGUCCCCAACCCAAAACUUUGGGGGCCAGGUCAACCGUACCUUUACAACCUUUCCAUCAAGGUUUUUGCUGCCGGUGCAGUCGUCGACGAGUACAGCCUUCCCGUCGGUAUUCGCUCCAUUAAGAUCUCUGGCACACAAUUCCUCAUCAAUCACAAAUCCUUCUACUUUAAAGGUUUUGCUCGACACGAAGACUUGACGGUGCUCGGCAAAGGCCAUGAUGAUGCUUGGAUGGUUUACGAUUACGAACUCAUGCGAUGGACAGGUGCCAAUUCUGUUCGAACCUCUCACUACCCUUACGCCGAAGAAAUCUAUGAUUACGCUGAUCGACACGGAUGGAUCAUCAUCAAUGAAGUUGCUGCGGUCGGUCUAAACCUGCAUCUGGGCGGCUGGCUAUAUGGCAAAGAUGAAAGGGGCACUUUCUCGGACGAAUACUGCGAUGCGACAACACAAGAAACUCAUAAACAGGCCAUCAGAGAGCUAAUUGACAGAGACUAUAAUCACCCAUCUGUUGUUAUGUGGUCUAUAAGUAACGAGCCUGCAUCUCAAGAAAAAGGUGCGAGGGAAUAUUUCCAACCACUCGUCGAACUCACCAAGCAGCUUGAUCCCCAUCGACCCGUGACUUUCACGACAUGGGCAUGGCACUUCCCGAUACCGAUAGAAUCGCUGACCUUUUCGACGUGA